AUGCUUCCGGAGAGAGAAAUAAAGCCAAAGGAGAAGGUCUUGGGUGGAAUGGCAGCCGAGAGGAAGGAUUUACCUGGACCAAGGCCAACAGUUUGGGUUGAAGAGGAGACAUGGGCGGAUUGGGAGGGAUGGGCUGGGUUCGGGCUGCACUGCAGGAUUUGGGUUGGGUUCGAGCUGGACAUGGUGGAGGCUGAGGCUAGAGGAGGGUGGAUUUUAGAUGGAUUGGGGUGGGGUAAAGACUGGAUGGGGUUAGUUUUGGUUUGGGCUGGCUGGGAUGGGCCUGAGGUGAAAAAGGGUCCAACUGAAUUGGAUAAAAAAAAUGGGCAAAUGGGCUUUGGUAAAGAAGGCCCAGAUGGAGAAAAAAAAGGACUUAUUGGCCCAAGAGGAGGACCCCAAGGAUUAGGCGCGUAA